UUUCAAUCGCGCAAAAUUAGAUAUUGGAGGUCAGGAUUUCGUGAGACGAUUGCCAAUUGUCAUAACGCAGUGGACUAAACUUACACUUGUUCUAAUCUCUGAGUUUAAAUUGUCUUAAUAUAUUAUCACCUUCAGUUAAAACGAGUUGAAAGUUAACCUGCUUGCUAUGGUAUCGGGAUCGUUGAUUAAUUUCACAUAUGCAGUCAACAAAACUGGAGGAUCUGUUGAUGCACUGUUUGAAUUGAUAGAGAAGUCUGAAGACUUUCUAAUACGUAAUGUUCACUCACUGGACUCCAUCGUGAAUGACUUUGACAUUGAAAAAUUUGGGAUCUUACAUGCAGCUGUAUUACACACCAAAUAUAUUUCACAGCCGUUUGUUGAUAAGGAAUGGCUGGUAAUUCAGACUCAGAAUUUCUUUAAUCUGUGUACUACAGAGUCCAUGCACAAGGUCCCAUCACACGUUCGUAUAAUUUCGCAUGAAUUUACCAACUGUUUGAUUAAUAUGGGAGUCCCACAAAAAGGGAUCAGCUGCAUAAUUACUGCUAUCCAAAAAUUACAGAAAUCUCCAGAAUACCUAACUCCGCUCCAUUGUGAUCUUUGUCAGCUUGCAUUGGCUGCCAAAAUGUUUAGUCCUAUACUUCCAAUUUUAGACACUGAUAUAUUAGAAAUGGAAAAUACUGAUAAAGCUCUUGAAGCAAAUGAUUAUCUACUAUAUUUCUACUAUGGCGGAAUGAUUUAUGGUGCAAUUAAAAACUGGGAGAGAAGCCUACACUUUUUUGAGUUGUGUUUGGUUAUUCCUUCCUUGUCACCAAGCUGCAUUUUGGUUGAAGCUGCUAAGAAAAUCAUAUUGGUGUCCCUCAUUUCAAAUGGAAAGUUCAAUAUGGUUCCUGAUACACCAGUUUCAUAUUUCAUGUCCCCACGACCCUGGAAAUCUCACUGUCAACCAUAUUUGGAGUUAGCUACAGCAUUUCGAUCUCAUAAUCCUGAAGACUUGACCAACAUUGUUGACCUUCAUCGAGAGUUAUUUAUGGCAAUUGCACAUACAUUUCUCCGGAGAUCCUGGGAAGAUAUGUGGUUCCUCUGUUACCGAUGAAUUUCUUAGUGUACUAUCAUAAGAUUUAGACAUCUUCAUGGAGUGGCCAUGGUCUCAUCAUUACGUCCUAUCUUCACCGAUGUCUUCAUAACUUACCUAGAACAAACGUGACUGAAAUUAGAGAUUGAGAGGACUACAUAUUACAGCAGACCUCUGUAUGAAACGAAAAGGCGAUAACACAAUUGAAUAAACUAUCUGCAGAAAAGAAACACAAAUGUCUCAGUACUUAAACUAUCAUGGCUUUUGUCCUACCAUUUACAACCAGAAGCUAGUCAAAACACUUCUGAGUAGAGCGAGAGCGUUAGUUUCAGAAGACAAUCAUGAGAGCGAAUUUACGAUAAUUCAAAACAAUACGUGACAUGGAUACCUGACAAAGUUUGCCAUAUAAAACGGAGAAAUGGAGUGAACGAAAUCUGGACCUGGAACUGUUUAAAAGAAACUGGUUUUCAUUCAGCUUGGAUUCAGAAGUGCCAUCGCGAAUAGAGAAAUGGAUAAAAGAAGCAUUAAAGUGGACCCCCUCUACACCUACCCUGAUCUCGAUUUACAUCACGAGCCGGACAUUGAACCAAUCCAAACUAUAUAGGUACUCUCUUCAUUUCAUCUUCAACUUCAUUUACAGUUUUACUUCCAUAUCGCCAUAGGACUAAGUAUUUGUGCAAAACGGUCCGAUUUGCAACACCUUACAUUACAACAUCAAGCAACAAAGUAGCGAGAUGAAAGAUGAGGAAAGAAAGGAAAAUCCAACAAAAGCAGGGGAAGAGAAGAAGGAGGAAUGAGAACACGCUGAAUUCAGCAUAACGGUUAAGAUAAAGAUAAUGUGUUGACGUAUCUGCUCCACUGACACCGAUUCCGAACCAUAUUAAGCAGAAUCUCCAACCAUUGAUUUGUGUUGUCACGUGUACCCCGACCGGCUAGUCUGCAUAUCCACACAUGGCUCAGACCGAAAGUCGAGAACUCCAUGCAGUGAUGCCAUGUUUUAGUGUGGCCACUCUGAGCCUUUUUCCAGCCUGGACCUGCUUCAGCUAACAUUGUUGGUGAGGUAGGUAGAUGGUGACUAGAUAUGCGUUACACGUGUCUAUACGCAGUCUCAGUCGACGGAGAUUCACAACCGUAUCAACUGGCUUUCCUCUCCUCUGUAAAACUCUACACCUGACUUGUGCGUUACUGAUGUGAUGACAUCACGAUACACAAUGUGCUACGAAGGCGACGAUGGUGAAACACCUGAAGCCUUCUCGUGUCGUCUACCCCAAAUGGCCAUGUUUCACGUCCAUACGGUAGACCAGAGCGAACUGCAGAGCAGUACACUCGACCCUUAAUAGGCAACCAGAUAUCGCAGUGGGACAGCAUAUUAUAGCGUAAGUUGGCGAAUGCCAAUCGAGCCUUUGUAUCCGUGUAGAGAUUUCGUCGACCACUGAUCAUUCACCAAGGCUGACCCGUCUUUCCAGGUAAGUGAAGUAAGUGGUCAAUGCACUCAAUCACCUCGCUCUUUAUUGUUAGCCGAGGCACCUCUGAAGACCAAUCCUGGAGCAACGAUUUGCAUUUGAGUGGCGAGAAACGCAUCUCAAACAUUUUCAAAUUGCCACUUAAUGUAUGUGGAAGACUUUACAUCUUGUCAGCGUCUUCACGUAACAGGACCAUUUGAUCUGCGU